CAGAGAUCCCCAGGGCAGCACAGCUCGGACGCGUCUUCCGAAGUCAGCGGGGCGCAGUAAUUUCCCCUGGGCUUCUGGAGGUGGCCGGGUUGUCUUUUUCAGAGGCUGCCCUUUAGGCUUCCUCCCAUUGUGUCCAUAUUGGUCUGUGCAGGCCUUAGAAGACAAGAAUUACUUCUUGCAUUUCCGGAUUGACCGCUUCAGCCUCCUGAAGAGACCAUGCCGAGACCACGGAAGAGGCUGGCUGGGGCUGCUGGCCAAGACAAGAAGGGGCUACUGGGAAAACGAACUAAAACUGAGAACACAGAAAAUACAUCCACUAAGCUGGAGAACUCCAGCCCUCAGAAGACUCCAGCCUCUAAAAACUGUGGGAAGAAUUCAAGCAACUACUGGUUGAUGAAGUCAGAGCCAGAAAGCCGGCUAGAAAAAGGAGUAGACGUGAAGUUCAGUAUUGAGGAUCUCAAAGCACAACCCAAACAGAGAGCAUGCUGGGAUGGUGUUCGCAACUACCAGGCUCGGAACUUCCUCAGGGCCAUGAAGUUGGAGGAAGAAGCCUUCUUCUACCAUAGCAACUGCAAACAGCCAGGCAUCAUGGGACUUAUGAAGAUUGUAAAGGAGGCUUAUCCAGACCACACACAGUUUGAGAAAAGUAACCCCCACUAUGACCCAUCCAGCAAAGAGGACAACCCCAAAUGGUCCAUGGUGGAUGUACAGUUUGUUCGGAUGUUGAAGCGUUUCAUCUCCCUAGAUGAGCUCAAAACCUGUCACCAAGCCCACAAAGCUACUGGUGGUCCCUUAAAAAGCAUGGCUCUCUUCACUCACCAGAGACUUUCAGUUCAGCCUUUGACCCAAGAAGAGUUUGAUUUUAUUUUGAGCCUGGAGGAAACAGAACCAAGUUAACAAAAGCUGUAGUGAUGGAAUGGACAAGCCAUCAUCCAAAAAAAGUUGAAGUUUUUAUAAGCCAAUAGAAGGAAAAAGCUUGCUGUGUUCACCUGGGAUCACGUACAUAGGUGGUUUGUUAAUUUUUUCAAUAAAACAUUUGGUGUUAAAGUUGAA